AUGUCGGCGGCUCGAAAAGUAUUCCACUGUGCUGUGGACGAUACCGUUUUGACCACCAACGUUAGCGAAAUCAAGCGAUGGGCUUCUAACGGAGCAAUAACACUGUUUGUGCCGCUAUACACCCUCGAGCGUCUUCAGGCACCAAAACGAAAUGGUUCCCAGGUUGCCAUAAACUCCCGUGAAGCUGUUCGCUUUCUCGACCGCGUAACAUCCGGCAAAGACAGCAUCCCAGCGGAUCGGGUCGUGCUACAGGGACCGAUGGAGCAGUAUGACAACUGGGCAGAUGCGGAGCAAUUUUUCCUUCCGGAGUUCGAAGAAGAAGAUGGCCAAUAUAUCGAACCGACCGAUGGAGAUGCUAUUACACAAAAAACCGAAGACAAUGUGAAAGCGCAUGUCACCCAACCCUCGGAACCUGAACAGAAGGACCAUGGAUUACCAGGGCUACCAAGUGAUUUGUCGCAGAUGCUACUGAGUAAACUGAAUUUCAAAGCACCGGAGCCGGCAGCAGGUGCUCAGAAUGACAUGAAAUCAUCUGUUUCGCUACCUUCGGUCGGUACUCAAAGUGACGAGGGAUCGCGAGCGUCGUCCCGCAGCUCUCAAACCAGCCCCGAAUACGCGGACCGCAAUGCUAAACGUGGCCACAAUCGUUCGACUUCCACCUCGUCAAACAUUCCGCCAACUCCUACAGUACUUCGGCCGUUAUUAAGUGCGUUACUAUGGCGUCUACACCACAACGAAGGAUCUAUCGGCGUUCCGCAAAACCUUACGCUCAUUACCAAUGAUCGUGACACUCAGGUCUGGGCGCAGAAAUAUGGCAUCAUGACUAAGAAUAUACAUCAGCUUCGGACGGCUAUUCAAUAUGAAGAAAAAGAAUUCAAGAACCGCGUGAAAUAUGCCGAAAAGACACAACAAGCAGCUCCAUCUCCAAAGCCACUUUUCUCCUACGAAAAUGAUAGCGAAGAGGAUGAGCUGGUAUUUGUUCCUCGUGGCCGAGGCAAAGGCGCAGGUCGUGGCAGUGGAAGCCGAGGUGCAAAUGGUCGCAAGACUCGAGCAGCUACGGCUGUAGCCAUUGCUCAGGCUGAUACUACGGUGGAAGUGCCCUCGCAGCCCAUUGAUCCUGACUCUUUUAGCCGCUCUAUCGGCACUACAAUGACUGUCAAACAGCCUGCGCUUGAUCUGAGCUCUCAAGCAGGGGCAUCUCGUGGUCUAGCAGCGUCCUCUAGACGACAUGGUGAUGAUUAUGGUCCUGGUAAUGGGAACGGUCAAGCAAAUGGCGGUGGCAGCAGCCGUCGUCGUCAACGCGGUGCCGGGGGUUCUCGCGCGAAUACCUCCACACGUGGUGGACGUGGGCAAGGAAAGUUAUGGGUUCCUUAAAGGGAGGGGUCAAGGAUUCCAUUUUUGGAGUCCUAAGAAAUCUCGUUUACUCUCCAUUAUCAGGAAAUGGAAUUCUACGGUUCCACGUGCAAACGAUAAAUGAUGGGAUCUGCCAUCUUUUUCUGGGCUCGCGGUUGGUACCUACAAUCUACUGUGGUUGGGAUCGAAAAGCUUCCUGAAAUUGGGGAUUUUCUUACCAGAAUUGAGGUUACUGUGCCGGUGCUGUCUAUCUCACUUGCAUUGGAAAUUCCUUCAUCAACGCCUGAUAUCCGCUAUCACUCUCUACAUUACUAGGCUCGGCCUGUCUUCAUUCUGUCCUUUAUCUUUCGUACCACGAUGACUUUGACGAAUGAACUCACCUAAGGCUUGGAAAUGGACUAGUCUUGGAAAGAAGGCUUCCCCACGAAGUUGACUGGAAACGAAAAAUAAAAUCUGCAAAAAAAUAAGCUCUUGUGACCUGCUAAUUGCUUCUGUUACCAUAAGCAUGGAGAUAGACUUGGAUCGAUUGUGGAUUCAUGAUUGAGACUUGGGUCGUGCCCCUGGCGCUGUGAAGGCGUUGAGAAGGUUCAUUCAUAUGGUGCGAUAUCUACAUAUUUGAGAAGUGUAACAAGUCUGUGAUUAUUUUGCUCUAAUUUUGAUUGUGCUGCAUUCAUUUUGUGAUUUUGAUUUAUCUUGCAGCUGGUUGAUGGUUUAUUCCCAUUGGCUGACUAUUUAUGACAGACGUUCCAAAUUGAAUCCAUUCGCGUCUGUAGG